AUGGGCUUCAAGAACCUCUUUCAGAAACGGACGGAGGAUGUCUACGCCGACGCCGACAUUCCUAGAGAGUCGGUCUCUACGGCAGAGCGUGAGAAAGCCGCGCACGAUGUCGUCGAUACACCUAUCCCGCUGUUGACCUGGCGCUCUGCCCUUAUGGGUGUGUUUGUCUCCAUGGGUGGCUUCCUGUUCGGAUACGACACUGGUCAGAUCUCGGGAUUCCUGGAAAUGGAAAACUUUUUGGAACGGUACGGCCAGCAGGCUGCUGAUGGGACCUUCCAGUUCAGCAAUGUGCGCUCGGGUUUGAUCGUUGGUUUGUUGUCAAUCGGUACUUUGAUCGGUGCCUUGGUCGCAGCUUUCAUUGCUGAUCGUAUAGGACGGAAGUGGUCAAUUAGCGGUUGGUGUGUGAUUGUCUGCGUUGGUAUUACCGUGCAGAUUUCCUCGCCUUCUGGCAAGUGGUAUCAAAUUGCUGUGGGCCGUUUGGUUGCCGGUUUGGGCGUUGGUGCUUUGUCUUUGCUGGUGCCCAUGUACCAGGCCGAGUCUGGACCGAGACAUAUUCGAGGAUCAUUGAUCAGUACCUACCAGUUGUUCAUCACCCUGGGUAUCUUCAUCGCCAACUGCAUCAACUUCGGAACGGAAGCCAACACCAACACUUCAUCAUGGCGCAUCCCCAUGGGAAUCACCUAUCUCUGGGCCACCAUCUUGGGCUUCGGAAUGGCAAUGUUUCCCGAAAGUCCCCGCUACGACUACCGCCACGGCAAAGUCGACAAGGCCAUUGACACACUAUCCAAGAUCUACGGCGUCCCCCGUAACCAUCGCGCCCUCCACAUAGAAUUCGACGAGAUCAAACAAAAGUACGAAGAAGAAGUCCGCAACGGCCAAGUGACCUGGAUGCAAAUGUUCCGCGCUCCAACAAUGAAAUACCGCGUCGCCGUCGGUGUAGCCCUCCAAGCUCUGCAGCAGCUCACCGGUGCAAACUACUUCUUCUACUACGGUACCACCGUCUUCAAGGGCGCUGGUAUCCACAACAGUUACGUGACCCAGAUGAUUCUCGGCGGUGUCAAUUUCGGCACUACAUUCCUGGGUCUGUAUCUUAUCGAACACUAUGGUCGUCGUCGCUCGUUGAUCGCAGGUGCAUUGUGGAUGUUCGUCUGCUUCAUGAUCUUUGCUUCUGUGGGCCACUUCUCUCUCGAUCGUGAGAACCCCGAGAACACAAAACCCGCCGGAGUAGCCAUGGUCGUCUUCGCCUGCCUCUUCAUCCUCGGCUUCGCAAGUACAUGGGGUCCCAUGGUAUGGACCAUCGUCGCUGAGUUAUAUCCCUCGCAGUACCGUGCGCGCGGCAUGUCCCUCGCCACCGCAUCAAAUUGGCUCUGGAACUUCCUGCUGGCAUUCUUUACGCCAUUUAUCGUCAGCGCUAUCGAUUUCCGAUUCGGGUAUGUCUUUGCAGGUUGUUUGUUCCUUGCGGCGGGUUUGGUUUACUUCGCUGUUAUUGAGGGUCAGGGACGGACGCUGGAGGAAAUUGAUACUAUGUACCUCAUGAAGGUUAAGCCGUGGAAGAGCUCGAAGUUUGAGUUCCCGGCUGAUCCUGGUGUGAUUCGGGGUUCGUUUGAUAAGGGGCAAGGGGGUUCGGCUCAUGUGGCGAAUCCGGCUUCUGGUGUGCUGCAGGAGGAUACUGUUCCUACUGUGCCAGAGACACGAGCUGAGGCUUAA